CAAAUGUCUUGUAAUUUUUGAAGCGGUAAAUUUUGAAGUGUAAAUAAAUUUUGUAAACAAAUGGCCAAAUUCUACUCUGAAAAAGAGUGGUUAAGCCAUUCUCAAGAAUCUAGAAACCCUUGGUCAACGUCCUGUACAUAUAUCGAUGUUGGAUCUUUGGGAAAAGUGAUUUACUUGGCGGAACGAACUGGACAGUUACCAAAGGUUUUGUGUUGUUUAUGAGCGUGUUAUUGGCUUAUUGCCUAAAAUGGGCUAUUACAUUUAAUACCCGUACCCCCCCCCCUGUCGAGGACAUCAUUUUCCAAGGGGGAAAUUAGUAAUUUUUUCCAGAGGGGUAAUUGGGGAAAAUGGAAGAAAAAUGCUCUUUCCAGAGGGGUUAAAAAGCAAAAAUGCACUUCCAGAGGGGGCUCAAGUCUCUUCCAGAGGGGUCAAUUACACAUAUUUUUUUGCAUUCCAGAGGGGUAAAAUCCCCCAAAGCAGAGGUCCUCGACAGGGGGGGUUUGGUUUUUUAAUGUAAUAGCCCAAUGGGUGGUCUAUACCGUUUAUAUUGGAUAGCUCUGUCAGCUCUGAACUGUUCUUCCUAGAGGUCCAGUAUAAAGGGCCAUCCUUUGUUGAUCCAGUGUUACUACAUGCAUAGAAUAAACUGGAAUACCUAGAGUCUAGAGAAUCUGUAGUGUUUGCUUUUGUCUGAGGUUCAAAUUUGACUUUCGCUACCAUUAACCAAUAACAUUUGUUUAAUCUACCCAACUAACCUAAUCACAAGUAUACUCAGCAAAAGGUAGUGAAAGUCAAGUCUGAACCUUUCUAUUGUCAAACUGGAAGCACUCUUCCCUCAUGGCAGAGGGAAUCAAAUUCUAAUCAGACAACUGCAUAUGUGGAACUGGACCUUGUCACGGAGGUACUAACCACUGUAUGACCAUUCACUGACUAGCACCCUAGAGUAAGGCACAAAAUGCAGGAUGGUAGACAGUUCUGUUUUUUUUUUGCAUCUUACAGGAAUGUGAGGAAGAUGGCCAGGAUGAAAUAAGAGCAAGAAUAAAAUCUCCGUCAAUAAAGUUGAUUGAGCAGAUUGAGAUCUUGGGCAAUUUAGUAACAGAAUUACACAAGGUGAAAUUGAUACAUGAUUAGUACUGCGGUCAAUAUGUUAUACAUUCGCUAGCAUACUCACAAACAGCUAUUCAUUGCUCAUUCAUAAAACAGAGGCUGAAUUAGGUUAACUAAAUAACUGUUCAAAUUAGGCUGAGUUGGUGUUUUUUGUUCCUAGGUAAAAGAAAAAAUUCACCACCAUCACUUGGAAGAAGAAACUAAAGAUUUAACAGAUCCAAGUAUUCUUGGUGAGAACUAAACAAACUUGUUAUCACUUCUAAAUUGUUCUCCCUGAUGGUCCAGUGAGUGGAUUGUAUUCAGCAACUGGGCACAACAUGAAUUUGAAAUGUGCCUCACAGAGAUAUACAUGCACUAACCACAAACACCCAACUUAUUUUUCAGAUGAAAAGACAAAAAAGAUGGAAGAGCUAGCGUUACAUUUCUCAGCAAUUGUUGACAAGAAGGAAGAACUCGUCAAAAGACUACAACAACCAUUUGUUGGCGACUACAUCAAUAUUGAUGCAGACUUUCAGAGGUACAAGAAAUCACAACCCAACAACUUCCUGUAAAAUGUUUCAUGCUAUAAAACUAUUUAAUAUUGCUGCCUGGGUUAGCUGUGAUGUUUCUAGCCUGCAAGCAGGCUGUUUAGGGUGGGUGAGCCUGCAUUAUAGGUUGUUCACUACCUGUAUGUGAAACAGCAAGUCUUAUCCUAACUAUAAUGCCUCAGAAUGAAUCUAGGAUAAUUAAAUUUUUCAUUUCAGAUAUGUCGUGGAUGCCAUACCUUGUCUUGCAAGUGUUCUCAGUAACCUAACAACUUACAUGGAAAAUUUAACAUGGAGUACUCAAUUCUCUUUGGAAAAUGGUGAAAUGGUAAGGAAUGAAAUGGGUGGUCCAUGAUCCACUUUUUUAAUAUAAAACAGAAAUUCAUGUACACUUUGGUGUACCUAUUUUUUAUCUGAUGUGGAGCCUUUGUUGCCCGUCCGUUUUUCCGCCUGCGUGCCGUUCUCCCGCCUUAAUUCCCCCACCUGCAAGUCCUGUAAUCCACUUUCAGAGAUUCAGUAAUCAUGAAUAUUUUCCUUUUCUCACAGGAGAAGAUUCUUGCAAGUGUUUCCACAGUUUUGGCACAGAUGCAAAGUUACUUUCAAAGCCUGUGUACUUCAAGAAAUCUUAUGCCAAAAAUACUUAACGAAGUUAGAGCAACCAAGAAAUGAUCCAAUUAUUACUGUAGUAUUUGUAUAAAUAUGUAUUUAGUUAUAUAAGAUGAAUUUAGAAUAAAUCAUAUUAUAUUUUGGGUUUGACCGACCAUUAAGAAAUCCAGAGAUCCCAUUUUUUCCAGCUUUGCUGAUCAGAAAACGACGUUCGAAUAAUGUGGACAUCCGAAAAAUUAAAUUAUUCUUUUUAUAUUUCACACAACGAGACCUACAUUCUUCAUCAUCAAACAUUAUCUUCUUCAUCAUCAAACAUUAUCUUCUCCAUCAUCAUACAUUGAUUGUGGCUUUUUCAUCCAGUUUUCCUUCAAACACUUUUAACUUUGGUUCAACUUCUUCCUGCAAAAACUUUGUAACCUGC